GAUUGUGCGCAACCUCCACGCGACGCAGCCGCAGAUGUCCGCGGCCGCGAUCGCCGAGGCCACGGAGGUCACCGAGGAGACGGUGCGGCACGUCCUGGCGAACCACCGGCUGCUGCCGCUUGCCUUGAACUUCGCCGCCCGUUUCCUCGUCCGCCGGGCGGAGGAGGAUUCGCUCCGCGUGGAGCUGCUGCGGCAUGCGCCCGGCGCCCACGCUGGCGUGCAGGAGGUGGUUGCCUGCCUGGACUUCCCGGUGUCCCGCCUGCUGACGGCGGAGGGCAUGAGGGUCUCCGACGAGUUCACCUUUGCACCCGCGGCGCGGCUGCCCGGCCCCGCGCGGGGCGCGCCGGGCGGGGCGCCCUCCAGGGAGCUGGCCGGCCGUGCGAGGGGCGUCAG